AGUCAUGGGCAAACUGCGAACCAUGGGACUUUCUGGAUGGCACACCGACAAAAAAAUUACCCUGAACGUUUUUAGUAGUGUGGAAUACCUAACUAAUGAUGAGCCAUCCCUCAUGCAGCCGACUUCUCAAAAAAGGUUGCCCGUGCCUGACGCAGAGGAACCUCGUGGAAGUAGUAGUAGUAGUAGAGAGAGAGAAACAGAGGAGGAGCGAGUGUGAAGAAAGAGAAAGAAAAAGUAGCUGGGUGUGGAAGAGGUAUCUAACGGAGGGAAAUUGAAAUUGAGAGAGAUUUAUGGAGAGUGGGGUUAGGGAAUCAAUUAAUUGAAUGAAAUAGGAACCAGAGGUGGUUAUAUUAGAGAGAGGUGGAGAGGAGAGAAAUGUGAAAUGAAUGAAAAAGUGAUAACAAAACAGCGUGGGGAAUCGAUGAAGAGACGGCAAUGGGUGAAGAGAAUAAGAUUAAGAGAGGGAGAGAAAGAGAAGUAGGGCAAGCUGAUAACAUUACAGAUCGAAUGAGAUGGAGGGAAAGUAAUCGGUCUAGAUAGAUAAAUCGAGAGAAAGUGCUAAAAUAAACGGGAUAUAGUAGGGGCUAGGGAAGAAUCGGGGAGAAGUGGAAAAAUGAGAGUGAAGAGAAUGAUACAGAAAAUCAAUAAAUAGCGUAGGAGGGAAGGAGAGAGUGAUAGUGAAAAAGUGAGUGACAGAGAGUGAGAGAAAAUGGGUGAGAGUGAGAGGCAGGACAUGUAAUAAAUAUUGAAAGAUUGAAAGAGAAGGGAGAAAGAGUGAGUAAGCAGAAUGACAGUGAUUAAUACGUCAUUAAAUGUCGGAUACAGAAAGAAAAUAAUAAAGGGUGGAGGAAGAGAAAAGAACGUGGAAGAAAAAAAAGCUGAAAAGAAAUUUCAAAAGAGAGGAAUGGUUCGAAAAUGAAAGUGAAAGAAAGAAAGAGAUGAGUGUAUUCACUCCACUCCAUCACACCAAUACUGUCUGACAACUUCUCAUUAUGCAAGUUUUUGGUGGAUUCCAGAACAUUUAAUAUGGAGAACAUAUCAACAAAUCCCAGAUUGGAAUGGUUUCAGCUCCAACCAGGAGUAGAAUUUCAGGUUAUGAAAUUUGGCAGUCCUCCAUCAAACAUGGACCCUGUUGACUCGCCUUCAGAUAACCUUAUGUUUCUUGUGAUACCAGGUAACCCUGGUGUUGUAGGUUAUUAUGAAAAAUUUAUGGCUACCCUUUAUCAGAAGAGUAACCGAAAAAUACCCGUCUGGGGUGUCUCCCACACAGGACAUGUGUCAAGACCAUCUGAAGGUUCACACAAUGGUGUUUAUUCCCUCCAAGAUCAGAUUGAACACAAACUUGCUUUCCUCCACCACCACAUUCCCAAAAAUGUCACCUUGAUACUCAUUGGUCACUCUAUUGGCUGCUACAUGAUUCUAAAUAUGUUGAAGAGAUCAUCUGAUAACAACAUUCUCCGCUGCUUCUUUCUCUUCCCCACCAUCGAACGAAUGUCUUCCUCACCUCAGGGAAAAGUAGUGACACCAUUCCUCAAGUUAUUCCGAUGGAUCCUGCUGCUCUUUGUCUACUUUAUGUCUUUUUUGCCUUUGAAAUCAAAGCAGAGGAUUCUGUGCUGGUACUUCAAAGAUGAGGUGAAGUACCCCCGCUGCAUGUACUCAGCCUCAUUGAACCUCUUUGAUGUCGGCUGUGUAAACAACAUGAUGAGCAUGGCAUCACAAGAAAUGGACAUGGUCAAGGAACUGGACAGCUGCACCAUCAGCAAGAACUUACAUAAAAUUUGCUUCUACUAUGGCCGCAAAGACCGCUGGUGUCCCCUCAACUACUGUGACGACAUGAAGAAACGUUUCCCUGAAGCCAACAUCCGUGUCUGCCAAGAAGGCUUUGAACAUGCAUUUGUCAUCACAGACAGUGAGAGAAUGGCAGACAUCACAUGGGAGUGGAUGCAAUGUGAAUUGCAACAUGCAUCUAAUAACAAGUAAAGAUGGAUUAAACUCUACUAAGCCAAACAGAUUAAAAGAAAGGGGUCGGGGUAGGGGCAAGCAAUUUCUAAACUUAUAUAAAAUAAGAAUAUAUAAUUCCAUAUAAAUAUGUGUGGGAGGUGGCACAAGAAAAAAGAGAAAACCAUUAUAUAUGACUAUGUAUGUGUGUGUGUAUACAUACAUACACACACACACACUUGCAUAUUAUAUAUAUAUAUAUAUAUAUAUAUAUAUAUUUGCAUGUUUG